AUGGAAUUGGACUACGCGGUUGAUUUUGAUCUACUCGCAAAAAAGGAGGGAGGAUCUAAGAUGUCGGUGGGUCGUUAUGAUCAUUUUGUAAAUGACAUUGAUUUAAAAGAGUUGCUUAAUUCAACAGAGAGCAAGAACACCCGCAAGAACACAAAUUGGUCGGUAACUACUUUUCACGACUGGCGCUCCGCUCGGAUGUUGACAACAGGCGACCAGAUUCCGGAUAUUCUGUCGUCCUCUGCAGAGGAACUUAUUCUUGGUUGUCAAGAUUUGUUGUUGAAACGCAAGGCGUACCCUCCUAAAACACUUUACAUGCUGUGUACUGGACUUUUAAGACAUUUGCGAGAAAAUGGUUUGCAUUUGAAAUUUCUAGAUGAAAAGAACUCCCAAUUUUACGAAUUCCGGAAGAGUCUUGGUGCGCGAAUGGCAGAACUUACCGUACAAGGAGUGGGGACGUCUACUAAGCAGGCCGAGCCGAUUUCUGAAGAGGCAGAAAAUGUUCUUUGGGAAAAGGGUCUCCUCGGCAACAGUACAGGAGAAUCUAUGCUAAAUACUGUCUUUUUCUACAAUUGCAAACUUUUUGGUCUGAGAGCUGUUGACGAACACAAAACAUUAUCUGUAGACCAGUUUGAGUUGGGUCAAGACCAAAAGGGCAAGUGUAUAAAUUUCACAGGAAGGGAAAAUAAGACAUACAAAGGUAAAAUGAUUUACAAAUUUAAGCACAACACAAAUUGUUAA